UUUCUCAGACGUGUUCGAGAAUUCGUGGUGUAUAGUACCUUUGUUUCGUUCUGCUUUGUAAAAGUUUUAAUACCACCAUCAUGCGUGAAAUUGUACAUCUGCAAGCUGGCCAGUGCGGCAACCAGAUCGGUGCUAAGUUCUGGGAGGUGAUUUCUGAUGAACACGGAAUCGACCCGACCGGUACCUACCAUGGCGACUCUGAUCUCCAGCUGGAGCGUAUCAACGUCUACUUCAAUGAGGCCACCGGCGGCAAGUACGUUCCACGAGCCGUGCUCGUCGAUCUCGAGCCAGGCACCAUGGACUCGGUCCGAUCAGGUCCCUUUGGUCAGAUCUUUAGACCAGACAACUUCGUCUUUGGUCAGAGCGGGGCAGGGAACAACUGGGCAAAGGGACAUUACACAGAGGGCGCUGAACUGGUGGACUCCGUCCUAGAUGUCGCUCGCAAAGAGGCCGAGAGCUGUGAUUGCCUUCAGGGAUUUCAACUAACCCAUUCUCUUGGUGGAGGCACCGGUUCCGGCAUGGGAACCCUUCUGAUCAGCAAGAUCCGUGAGGAAUACCCUGACCGCAUCAUGAACACAUUCAGUGUGGUACCAUCUCCUAAGGUGUCAGAUACAGUUGUUGAACCCUACAACGCUACCCUGUCCGUCCAUCAGCUGGUUGAAAACACAGAUCAAACCUACUGCAUUGACAAUGAAGCUUUGUACGAUAUCUGCUUCCGCACAUUGAAGCUGACAACUCCUACCUAUGGUGACCUGAACCAUUUGGUGUCUGCAACCAUGAGCGGUGUCACAACCUGCCUCAGGUUUCCUGGACAGUUGAACGCAGAUCUGCGCAAACUGUCCGUCAAUAUGGUUCCCUUUCCCCGUCUCCAUUUCUUUAUGCCUGGCUUUGCCCCUCUAACCAGCCGUGGUAGCCAGCAGUAUCGCGCCCUCACUGUUCCUGAACUCACCUCACAAAUUUUCGAUGCCAAGAACAUGAUGGCUGCUUGUGAUCCUCGUCACGGUCGCUACCUGACUGUCGCUGCAAUCUUCCGCGGUCGUAUGUCCAUGAAGGAGGUUGACGAACAGAUGCUAAACAUCCAGAAUAAGAACAGCAGCUACUUCGUGGAAUGGAUCCCGAACAACGUCAAGACCGCUGUCUGUGACAUCCCACCACGAGGUCUCAAGAUGUCCGCCACCUUCAUUGGCAACAGCACUGCCAUUCAGGAGCUCUUCAAGCGCACCUCUGAGCAGUUCACCGCUAUGUUCAGACGCAAGGCCUACCUCCAUUGGUACACUGGUGAGGGUAUGGACGAGAUGGAGUUCACUGAGGCUGAGAGCAACAUGAACGACUUGGUGUCCGAGUACCAGCAGUACCAGGAUGCCACCGCCGAAGAGGAGGGCGAGUUUGAUGAAGAAGAAGAGGAAGAGGAAGAGGCAUAAUAAAUUGCCCUCGAUGUGUUUUUAGACUUUUAUCUUUUUGAAUUUAUUUUUCCAAAUCAUAGCAACAAAUAAUUCUGAAGGGAAGGGUGGGGCGGAGGGGGAGGGGGGGGGGGGAGUUGGCGUGACAGGGAAUAUUGUGUUUUCGGGGUGGUUAUCUAGAAUGUGAAAUAACGGUCAUUGUUGCAAUUUGACCGAUGACCUUUUUAAUAUCUAUAUUACGUGGUGUAUUUUGUACUACCAAUGAAUAUCGAUGGUAAAACAUUGAAUUUGACCAACUGUCAACAAAAUAGAGUCACGUCUUCAUUGAAAUACAUGUAUAAACAGUUUUGAACCCCAAUAAAUAACCAAUGAUGUUUACUGAAUAAACGUA